CCCCAGUUGAAAGGCAUCGUUACCAGGCUGUACAGUCAGCACGGAUACUACCUGCAGAUGCAGCCGGAUGGCACCAUGGACGGCACAAGGGACGAAGGCAGCUCCUUCUGUAAGUGUGUGUGUGUGUGUGUGUGUGUGUGUAUGUGUUUGUGUGUGUGUGUGUGUGUGUGUGUCUGUGUGUGGUGUAUGGUGUCUAUGUGUGUGUGUGUGUGUUUUGGCACAUGGCCUGCCAGUCUGGCUAGUAGCCAGGUAUUGUAUACUUCUGUCAGUGUCUGGUCACUGGCACCAGUUGAUUGCUCAUUCAACAACCGCUGAUCAGGCUAUUGGUCUGUGGCUGAGGUACUGGAGCCUAUGCUUUUCCAGUAUAGGUGGAUACUAGAUACUGGUAUACUGAGCCUACUGAAAUAACUACACCUAUACGCAACACACAACUCAAUCACCAUUAACACCAAUUCAGAUCAGGUCAUGGCAACAGAACACAAAACGACACUAAACACACAAUUUGAAACACUGAAGUAUUCAGUGUUAUACACAAUGCAUGACAAGCCUAACAUGACAAGGUGCAAAAAACUCCCUCAUCCAUGAAAUCCUUCAUAUAGUGACGUCAUGUGAAGAGAAGAGAGAGGGAGAAGUGGAGAAAUAGAGAGAGAGAUGGAGCAAUAGAGCAAUAAAGAAAUAGAGAAAGAGAGAUGGAAGGGAGAGAAUUGAUCAGAAAGAGGGAGAAGGAAGGGGGAGAGAGAGGGAUGUGUGUGUGUGUGUGUGUGUGUGUGUGUGUGUGUGUGUGUGUGUGUGUGUGUGUGGUGUGUGUGUGUGUGGUGUGAGAUGACUGGGCCUGUCCUCAGCUCUCCUCCUCUGGCCCAGCUGUCUGUCUGUGUGAGGAGCAGAGAGGAGCAUGUGGAACAGAUUGACUGCUCUUUGAUUGGGCUGGAGGUUGUCAGAGGGUUUGGUGCAGGGUGACUAUGACACUACAGAGUGAUGAAUAGGAAAGAGAGUUGACAGCAGCAUGGUGAGGGAGAGAAUGGGGAGUGCACAUCGGAGACUUAUAGAUAUGCCUACUUUCUUGACAUAUGAUGGCAUCAUUGUAAAAUAAUAAAUAAAUAACCACUUGAGAUCCUCAAGUACCACUCACUUUGCAGGUUCAUUGUUUAAUUGAAUUGUUUAUUGACUUCUAAUAUGGAUUGGAUGUAUGUAUUGACUUUCAAUAUUAAUCUUAUUUGAUUCCCAAAAGCACCUUUGGAAACUGUCAACAGUGAAAAUACACAAGGUAUUUGACAAAGAUCUUAUUCAAAUAUAUUUAGAGAUUGGGAAAGCCAGAUGCCCCCUCACAUACAGCAAGGUCUGCAAAUAAACAGACUACACAAUCACAUGUUGACAAAGACGUUGUGCUUCUUAUUGCAACGGGUAUAGGUUUCAGAAUGGAUGUGGAUUUGAUAAUGAUAUUUAGUUGGCACAUUUAAAGUCUAUGGAAUAAAUAAUUGUUUUUUUACUUCUCUCAUCUCUACUUUCUCUUUUCCACCCGAUCUGUCUUCUACUUUCUCCACUCUGUUGUCCUGUACUGAUGGUUGCAUUGGUUUCUAUGUAGAAGAGCUCAGUAACACACCUGAAACCCGGCACACCCCAGAGAGAGUGAGAAGAGACAGGAGAGAUAGAGGAUGGACUUGUCCUUUCUCUUCCUUCCUCCCGUCUCUGCCCCUUCCAUCUAUUUCUGUCAUCUUUUUGUCACUCCAUCCUCUCUGUGGUUCACGCUCUCUUUCAUCUCAGUGACAUUCUCCCUUGUUUUCUCCCACUAUCUCUCUCAUAUGCUUUCAUUCUCUUCCUUUGUGUUUCACCAGUCCUCUUAGCCGUCUUUAGUGAGGUGUUGCACCCAGAGUAGAGCAAGAGUAUGACAAACCUGAGGUGACGUGAUGAUAGCACCUCACUCCAUCACCACUCCAUAUCUCGCUCAUGUCACCCUGGCUUAGGCUCAGUGAGGUUGUGACCUUUGUGCCUGGUAGGUUAUUCAGAGGUGACACAGCAGCCAUAUUACUUCCUAUAGAAGACAGCCUGGGAAGCUCUUGUUUGCUGCUCUCUGGAUUGGUCUAAUGUCAGUCUGAUGUUCUAAUGUUUCUCUCUCCUCCCUCUUUCUGUCUCUCUGCAGCACAGUUCAACUUGAUUCCUGUGGGUCUGAGGAUCGUGGCGAUCCAGGGGGCGAAGACAGGGCUCUACUUGGGCAUGAACAGCGAGGGGUACCUCUACACCUCUGUGAGUCCACAUGCUCAACAAUACAUAAACCAGUAGCAACAUUGGACAAUAUGUCUUUUAUAGUUAUGUUUCUGAGUAAACCUGGGGGAAAUGACUGUGUGGCAAUAGGCCAGCGCCAGCAAUAGAGAAGUGCAUUGAAGCUUUGAUUCUCUAAAUGACAGUUAUAAUGACCAUGCAACGGCUGGAACAGCCAUAUCAAGAGUGGACUGCUGUUGCUAAAUCUCCUCAAUUAUGAUCUGUUGUUGCUGUCUGUGGUGCUGAAAUGGACUUCAAUCUGGAGUUGCACAUCCUGUUCCAUGGGCUUUGAUUCGGCGGUGCAGUUCAGCCACUUAGAAAUAUAUAUAUAUAUUUUUUUUUUGGCCUGCAGGCAUACAUUUGCGUUGAAUCUGCAAUGUACAAUUUUGUGGGGGUUGAGGACAGUGUGCAGCUAUAGUACAGUGUCUGCACUGAGGAUGUACUGUUCAGUGUUGAGUCUCUUUACCGAGCUGAGGUAAUGGGGUGUAAGCUCUGUGUGUGAUUAAGGAUGGAAGGUUACUGUGCCCUGAGCGUCUAGAUUGCCACACAACAUAAAAACAGCAGAAUAACAACAAGGGAUUAGCCACUGUGUGACCAAUUACCUACACUGUGUUUGGUGCUACAGUAAAGGACAUAGAGUAAUAGCAUUACAGAGUGGUGGAACAUUCACUCACUCUCACUGUGUGUGUGUGUGUGCACCCGUGAGCGUGCGUGUGCAUGUCACAGCAUGCAUUUUUUAAAUCACAGCGAUACUUCAUACAUAAAGUCUGUCAGCAUACAGUGCAUAUAGGGCUGACGCAUGAACGUUUGGAGAGUCACGGAGAACAAUCAUUUAUUAGUCGUUGGAGCAUUGGUGUAAGGUUGUAGCAGCUACACCACUGUGUGUGUGUGUGUGUGUGUGUGUGUGUGUGUGAGAGAGUGUGAGAGUGUGAGAGAGAGAGAGAGAGAGAGAGAGAGAGAGAGAGAGAGGAGAGAGAGAGAGAGAGAGAGAGAGAGAGAGAGAGAGAGAGAGAGAAUAUCCCUGAGCUGAAGAUUAGCAUUCUGCAAUGAGAAGGCUUUUGUCUCUUGCCUCUGUGUGAACAGAGAAGAGAAAGGGAUUUUCUCCACAGAAGUCAAUAGGAGUAUAGGGUUCAAAGGGAACACAUUCAAAACCCUCAGUAACUCACAGAGGCCUUCUAUGGCUCUGUACAUCCCUGCAAGCAGACAGACAGAGUUUCUUCCCUUGGAAUAGAUAACCACAAACACAAAGAGAGAGACAGAUGUCUAUUUAACCUUGACAUGUCUGAUGUGUCUGGGUGUCUUUUAUACAAGUAGUGUUUUCAUGCAACUGUUUCAUGAGUGUGUAAUGUUAUGCUGAUGAUGUGUAACCUUGUGUGUGUGGUGUGUGUUACAGUCACACACUGGUAAGCUGUUGUUUGUGAGUGUGGAUGCAUGUAUUCUGUUGAGUGACUGUGUGCAUGCGUGUGAGCAUGUCUGUGUGUGUGUGUAACAGUUGGAGGGGGGGGGGGGGGGGGGGGUACAUGACAGUGCAGACAAAUGUUCUCACCGGUGACAAACAAGUUCAUCACUGUCACUCAGAGAGGCUGAGGUGAGUGACAACAAGAGACACAGAGGACACUGCCAUUGGGGAAAACCUCUGCAGGGCUCUCUCUCACUCUUUCUCUAUCCUCUCUCUCUCUCUCUCAUCUCCUGCUCUCUCUCUCAUCUCUCCUCUCUCCUGCUCUCUCUCUCUCUCUCUCUCUCUCCUCGCUCUCUCUCGCCUCUCUCUCUCCUCUCUCUCUCUGACUUUGAUUCUUUGUCCUCCUCUUUUCAAGUCGGCUGUGCAUUGCAGUAAAACCUGAUCAGCCAGCUUUGUCAGGCUAGUGAAGUGCACAGAGCCCAGGAGGGCAGUAAGGAGCUAAUGACAAGGGGGAACUCCGUGUCACAGCUCUGUUGUCUCUGCCAUGAGCCUCAGCCUAAGCUAGCCUAUACCUGUAGGAGACUCCAGGAAAAUGGCUUCCUUCCUAGUAAAAAUAGUGCUCAGCUCUGUCCUGACCCAUUUUAUCAUCUGUGUUCUCUGGAAAACCCUCCUGGGCCAUGAGAGGGGGGAGAUGUGUGAGAGAAGGGGGCCGAUUGUGUGUGUGUGUGUGUGUGUGUGUGUGUGUGCAUGCUCGUGUGUGUGCAAAAGUUAGUGAGUGAGAGAAAGACAGAUAGUAUGGUGGGUGGGAAGUGGCACAAUUGAGAGACUAGAUUUCACAGAUGCAGUUUUAAUGCAUGCCAAUCAGGCCUCUGAAAUGAACCGCAAUGAUUGCAUAUUUAAUGGGUGUGUUGAUGGAUGUAUGCAUACCUUGAAUUAUAAUGUCUUUGAUGUAAUAUAUGUUCAGUGCUUUUGUGUAUUUGUGUAGUGGUUGAUGUGUGUGUGGGCAGGUUUUACACAUGUGGUUGUGUAUAUUUGAGUGAAUAAUUGUGUUUGUGUAUGGUGUCUUUGCUUGUAUGAGUAAUUGUUAUUGUCUGUGUUUAAUUGGUUGUGAGGUUAUACAUAUAAAUCACUGUAAUAUGUAUGUGGUGCUGUAUGUGUGUGUGUGUGUGUUUGUCUGUGUGCAUGCAUCUGUGUGUGUGUGUGUGUGUGUGUGUGUGAUGUGUGGUGUGGGUGUGGUGUGGUGUGUGAGAGUGAGGAGUGAGUGGAAAGUGAGUGAGAGAGUGAGUGAGGACGUGGAGUGGCGUGAGUGAGUGGAUGUGAGUGAGUGAGUGAGUGAGUGAGGUGAGUGAGUGAGAGAGAGAGAGAGAGAGAGAGAGAGAGAGAGAGAGAGAGAGAGAGACCUUUCCUGAUGAAUGGCUGGGUAGUCCAUUCUCCACCUGUGAGGGUUGCAUUGAGAUGCAGGACAACACAGCCGGCCAGAUAGCAUCACCUUCAUCACAAUGGGGGAGAGAGAACAGGAGAGAUCUGGAAAACAGGAAAGGGGAAGAAGAGAAGAGUAAUGGGGCAAAACGGCAGGGAUAGAGAAAGAAGGGAUGCGGUAGAGAGAAAUGGAAUGGAAUGAUACAAGGGAGAUAAGUUGCCAGCCAGGCAGUUAAGUGCACUUAGGGGAAGUAAUACUGUGUGCAGGCAGGGUUCCUUCUUUCUACUCAUUUAUCAUUAGCCCAGCACCAAGGCUCUCUGCUAAGAUGGUACUAAUAAGUAAGAGAUGUAGACUUGGUUGCAGCACCAGUGACUGUUGUUGUAGUCUUUCCAGCCAUCCAGCAUGAGAUAGUGUGUACAUCUCUGUAUGUGUAUUGGGUGUGUUGUGAACAAAGAGCUUUGUUUUGACAGAUGUAUCACGGCUGUGUAAUUUACCUGAGCCUACGAGAAAGACCACUGCUGAUCUAAUGACACACAGAGACAUCACAAGUACACUAUCUCCCUCCAUUCUCUCUCUCCUAUGAAAGGGAUAUUGAAAGGGGGAUGACAAAUUGAGGUAUGAAGGGAUGAGAGGUGGAUGGUUGGUCACCUCUGUUGCUCCCCUGCAUGUGAAUCACAUCAACAGAGACUGUCAAUCAACCGAGAGAUGAGUGUACAGUAGGCAGUAGACUCCACUACACAUCCCCUAGCCCCAACUCACUCUGCUCCUAGCUAUCACUCACACAAUAUGACAUCAUACCAGGCUGUGGCAUCAUAAACCAUAGAGAAGGGCCAUGUAGUUAUGGUGACAGAGGACCAUCUGCAUGGCUCACAUGCUGACUACACAGGCCACGCGCGUGCGUUUGCCAUCGCUUGCAUGUUGAUUUUGUCCAUCCACACCAGACGCGAUCUGGGCACGCAGGUUAAAAUACCAAAAUCAACUGUGAAUCACCUAUAUUAAUUUUGGGGAAGGUCGAAACACACAUGAAACAUUCAUGGAUAUUUAGCUAGCUUGUCCUGGGAGAUGAACAUUGGGUUGUUAUUUUACCUGACAUGCAUAUGGUCCUCUUUUUAGCUGGUUCUUUGUAGAUUUUUGACCCGGAGUCAUACAAAAUGAUUAAUCCACAGAUAAAAAGGGAAACCUAGUUUGUUUUUAGUUAUUUAUCUUUAAUUCAUCUCUCCUCAUUUGUCUUUCAAGCAUCCACGUGGGUUUGUAUCUUCCUGAUAACCAAUUAGGAGGGGACUUGCAGCAUGUGGCACAUCUCAAAUAGAAACAAGCUCUAUUUUAGCGCUGGCUACGCAGACGCUCGUUCAUGCGCGCGAGUGGUGUGGGUGAAAUGAUUGAACAACAUGUAUGUGUAAAUGUAUUUUGCAACGCUCGUGCAUGCAACGUGACCCCUGUUAACCCCUCUCUUUAAGGGCCAUGAAAAUAAUUUGCCCCCUUUCUUAUUUUAUUUAUUUUUGCGUAUUUUUGAUACUGAAUGUUAUCAGAUCUUCAACCAAAACCUAAUAUUAGAUAAAGGGAACCUGAGUUUAAAAACAACUAAAAAAUAUAUAUAAAUAUAUUUUUUUAUAUAUUAACUAAGUUAUGCAACACCCAAUUCCUCUGUGUGAAAAAGUAAUUGCCCCCUUACACUCAAUAACUGGUUGUGCCACCUUUAGCUGCAAUGACUGCAACCAAAUGCCUCCUGUAGUUGUUGAUCAGUCUCUCACAUCACUGUGGAGGAAUUUUGGCCCACUCUUGCAUGCAGAACUGCUUUACCUCAGCGACAUUAGUGGGUUUUCAAGCAGGAACUGCUCGUUUCAAGUCCUGCCACAACAUCUCAAUUGAGAUUAGGUCUGGACUUUGACUAGGCCAUUCCAAAACUUCUAAAUUGUUGCUUUUUAACCAUUUUCAUGUAGACUUGAUUCUGUGUUUUGGAUCAUUGUCUUGCUGCAUGACCCAGCUGCGCUUCAGCUUCAUCUUACAGACGGAUGGCCUGACAUUCUCCUGUAGAAUGAUUUGAUACAGAGCAGAAUUCAUGGUUCCUUCUAUUAAGGCAAGUCGUCCCGGUCCUGAGGCAGCAAAGCAUCCCCAAACCAUCACACUACCACCACCAUGCUUGGUCUUUGGUAUGAGGUUCUUAAUGUGGAAUGCAGGGUUUGGUUUUCGCCAGACAUAAUGGGAUCCAUCUCAUCACAAAUGUUGACUCAAAAGUUUCCCAAAAAACACCUGGAAGCACCUGGAUGAUCAUCAAGACUUGGAAGAAUGUUCUAUGGACAGAUGAGUCAAAAGUUACACUUUUUGGAUGAUAUGGGUCCCAUUAUGCCUGGCGAAAACCAAACACUGCAGUUCUGCAUAGAGCAGUGGGCCAAAAUUCCUCCACAGCGACGUGAGAAACUGAUCAACAACUACAGGAAUCUUUUGGUUGGAGUCAUUGCAGCUAAAGGUGGCACAACCAGUUAUUGAGCAUAAAGGGGCAAUUACUAUUUCACACAGGGGCAUUGGGUGUUGCAUACAUUUGUUUAUGAAAUAAAUGAAAUAAGUAUAUAGGUUUUGGUUGAAGAUUUGAUAACAUUCAGUAUCAAAAAUAUGCAAAAGUAGAGAAAAUUAGAAAGGGGGCAAAUACUUUUUCACAGCACUGUAUGCCUUCUUAACUUAUGUAAUGGGCCAUGGCACAGAACAUCUGCACCUGGUUCUAAAAACAUUAACAACGUGUGCUGGUGUCCCCCGCCUCUGCACACUCCGAAACACACAUACAACCCGACACACACACACACACACACAGAGGAAAUACCCAAUAGGAGCGUCAGUGAAAGUUUUGAGGGGGGUUGCUGCUACAGCGUUAAUGCAGCACCAUGGAAAUAUGGUGUGAUUACUGCAGCUAGGCAGAUUUCACAGCACCUCCUAGAUUACCCGGGACUGCUGGGGAUGGUCAACAGACCCAGGCAGGGCUGCCUAAUGUGUCAUUACGACCCCUGCUGGCAAUAGAGAGCACUACACCAAGGAAACAGGACCUCGGUCUCACAAUGAGCCCAACACAUACUGUAUUUUACUCUCCCAUCAUAUUUACUAAGCAUUUGCACUAGUGCAAGAGGUGAUUUACUUAUCAGAGAAGAACAGACAAAGCAGAGGUGGCAGGAAGUGAUAAAGAUUACAUUUUGUCAUGUGAAAGAAGGAGGUUUGAAAGUGAGAAUCUCAGUCUUCUGCCCUCUCUCCCCACCACCUUCUCAAAGCCCAUGGGAGGAGAAGGUCAGAGAGGCGGGACCUCUGGCUUUCUCAUCCAAUGGGUUUUGAGAAGGAGGCGAGGAGAGAGGAAUAUGCCAUUGAGAUUCUCCUUAUGAAUCUGCAUGAAUAGCCCUGACUGCAUGAAUGGCUGAUGGGUGAGGAAGAGGUACCAGUUACACCAAUGUUUCUGAAAGGUUGUGUAAACAUUGUUGAGUUUAGCUAGUAGCUAACUGGUGUGCUAGCCCCUGGCCUGAGUCCUUGGACUGACUAGUGGAGAGGAGAGCCACGUAGCGAAAUGUAUGGUGGCGCUAGGAGUUAAGCUUCCUGGAGCAGGUAGAAUAGAUGUAAUCAGACACUGAGGGAGGAGGAGGAGGAGGAGGAGAAAGGAGUGGGGGAGGAGGGGUGAGGAGAAGGUCAGGACACUGCUCUGCAUGAUAAAGAGGUUCUUCCCGUCCUCAGGAUUCUCUGCACGGACACUGGAUAUUACCUCUCUCGCCAGCUUUCAUUAGAAUUCAUUCUGGCUGCAGAUGCAGGGAAAGGAGGCUGCCCGAGUCAGUCAAUAAGUCACCAGUGAAGGAUGAGAUUUUUAUUUCAUUUUAUAUAAGCAUUCAUCUUUAAAUGAAAAUGUCCCCCCUUCUACGCUUAAAAAGGAUGACCCUCCCUAUCAUGUUCCACACACACUCAGCAAUUGUUUACUCCACUGGUGGUUCUAAAGGUGGACUCAAAUGUAGGGGCUAAUAUUCAGUGGAAGUUCAAAGGUCACUUUGUGGGUGGGGGGGGGGGGGGGGGGGGGGUGUUCUUCCAUUCUACAGAGAUAGAUAGUAGAUUACCUGAGUCCUUGAGGCUGACUCAUGGAUUAAAGGCAUGGUAAUUACAGAAGCUAGGUUGUGUGAGAUUAGUUAUAGCAGCCAUGGUAGCUGAGUUGGAUGUUAUCAGGAUGAUUAGUUCAGGGGUUUAGCGGUGGGUUAUGAUGAGGGUACUUCCUCUCUGCUGACGUCUUUCCAGGAAACAUCAGGAGACAUCCUGCUAACAUAUGCUGUUAGAUAGACGUCAUAAUGAGGAUGUGAGUUAUAAUUUGGCUCAUUCCACAGGAUCUAUUGAGGAUUAUAUGUGGAUUAUCGUCAGGGUCAUUUCAGAAGUCAACUGGUGGGUUUUCGUGAGGGUAUAAUUUCAGAGAGCAAGUUGUGUUAUCAUGAGGGUCAUUUCAGAAUAGAAGGUUAUCUAGGUCUUAGUAAUGGGUUAUCUAGAACAAUUUCAAGAAAUUGUACAGAAUUAUAUAGAGCCAUUAUUGAAUGGAACUCCCUUCCAUCUCAUAUUGCUCAAAUGAACAGCAGUCCUGGUUUCAAAAAACAGAUACAGCAACACCUCACGGCACAACGCCUCUCCCAUAUUUGACCUAGAUAUUUUGUGUGUAUGUAUUGAUGUGUAGGCUAUGUGUGCCGUUUUUAAAUGUAUGUAGUUCUGUCCUUGAGCUGUUCUUGUCUAUUAAUGUUCUGUAUUAUGUAAUGUUUCCUGUUCUGUGUAGACCACAGGAAGAGUAUCUGUGGCUUUCGCAACAGCUAAUGGGGAUCCUAAUAAAAUACCAAAAACCCUCUCUAUUCCUCUCUCCCUCUCCAGCCUGAUUAAUAAUGAAUGAAGCAGAUCAUCUAUCAAUCUCCUGUGUGUGUGAAAGAACAGCUUAAGAUAUCAAACCUGACAGAAGACCUAUAAAUAACUCUGUUAUCUGGAGGGCUGGGGGUGGAAUUUACCUAUAGAGGGUGGCUCAGGUGGUCCGGAGGCACGAUAGAGAACACAGGUCGGGUGGUCCGGAGGUACGAUGGAGAAAACGGGUUGAGGGAAACUGAGAAAGGCUAUGAGAGCGUGGCGGAGCGAGGUGGAGGUAUGGUACCACGUGGAGAUGCAGCAUGUGAUUGACUUUCCCAGACAUGCACAGCACCUUGAAGGUGAGAGGUGAUGAUCUGUGAGCGUGUGACCAUGGAGCUCCUUCAUCCCUAACGAGUCCACUACUGACUCCUUAAUGCCCCUCUUAUUGCCGACUCGUCCUCCUCCAGUCCUCCACCAGAGAAAGUCUCCAGUCAGCUGUUUCUGCCCUGCUGCUCUCACUAAAUAAAUCGUGAAGAUUGGGUUUGCUUUCUGACAGGGGAAGGAGGCUGACGGUGACUAAGAGAGAUGUAUACCUGUCGCUAGUGGUUACAAUCACCAGGCAACAUUAUGCAGGGUUUAGUGGUCCUUAUGUUAGUGCUGGAGGUAGGGGGGUUAAACACUGAUGUGGGGACUGGGGAGAUGUUCUAAAAGCCAAUAACUGGGUUCUAAUGUCGAGUUUCCAUCUGAGAUUUACCCCAGUGUUUUACCCAAAAGGCUCAGACUUUUCUGUUUCCAUCUACCAUGGCCGGCACCCGUGUCUCACUGGGCCAUGGCUUCGGCGGACCUGCUCUAACUUGGAGACACCUUCUCACAAAGCAACAGUAGUUGUUGAUUCUGCUCGCCCCAAGUUUCUGGUCGCCCCAAGGAAACACCAUAACACUAGAGCUAACAUUAACAUAAGACACUGGGGACACACUGGUGUGGGGUAAGUCUUAGGUGGAGGUGCAACAUAACUGUUGGAUAAGCUCCAGCUUUGGAGGGGGUGGGUGCUGCUAUGUGCAUUCACUUUCAGCGAGUAUUAGAGUGUGUGAGUGCUCUGUAUUUAAUUUUGAAUUUGAAGGUUGAAAGGGACUUCCAUCUGAACCAUUUAUUCCGCCUCCGUGCUUUCAUGUAUUUCCAAAAUAACUGCAUGUGUGUUUUUGUGUGUGUAUUUAUUGAUUUGCAUACUAUGUGCGUGUAUUUGUAGGUAUGUGUCAAUCUUUUGUUUAUGUGGGAGAGUUUCCCAGUGGUUUCUUUCUUCCACUGUACCUUAGAGGGCUGUGUUAAGUUUAUACCACCCCUUCCAUUCCCUUUAGACACAGCUCUCUUAAUGAAUAUGUUUUUCACUGAGCGUGUGUGUGCCUACAGUAUGUGUGAGCACAUACUAUGCAUACAUUGGAAUGUCUGUUUGUGUUUCUGGGUUGGCUUAAUGGGUAUAGUAGUUCCUCUCAUGAUGUUUGUUUUGUUUGUUCUCUUUAGGAACACUUCACUCCAGAGUGUAAGUUCAAGGAGAGUGUGUUUGAGAACUACUACGUGACCUACUCCUCCAUGCUCUACCGCCAGAGCCAGUCGGGCCGCUCCUGGUAUAUCGGUAUCAACCGCGACGGACAGGUUAUGAAGGGCAACCGGGUGAAGAAGACCAAAGGAGCCGCACACUUCCUGCCUAAAGUUAUAGAAGGUUGGUCACGUGCCCUCCUGUCCAAGCUGGGCUGAAUUUUUGAGAGGAACAAAUAAGACAGGGCUAUAUCAGAAACGUAUUAAGUUAUCAUAGACGUCGCAUUAGGCUUAUGUUCACCACUGGACACUCUUCAACUGUUUCUCUCUUCUGCUCCACAGUUGCCAUGUAUAAGGAACCAUCGCUACACGAGCUAGUCAACGAACAGAAAGAAAAAGACAAGGAAAAAGAGAAAGAAAAAGAGAAAGAAAGAGAUAAAGACAGCCCUUCCCGGAAGACAGUGAAGAUGUCAGAAGAACAUCACGAAAUAACAUUCUCCAUCAAGAACUGCAGGAAAGAGAAAAAAGCCCCCAAGGCUGACGCCUCGUAG